AUGUCCACCGACGGCACCUCCGUCAGCACUGUACCCUUUCCCCUGACGUUCCGCGUCGCCACUGUCAAGGAUGUGCCAAUCAUUCACUCACUCAUCAAUGCUGCAUUCUGCAGUGACAAGACGGACCAAGUCUGGCUGACGCCAGAGCGCAUUGAGGUCUUUCCAGUCAGCUAUCUUACCACGAAGUUUAGUGAGCCAGACACCGUUCUCCUCGUUGCGCUCGACACAAACGCUGUCAUCGUCGCAUGUUGCUAUCUUCGACGUGCGACCGCCACACCCGAGCGACCCAUCCCUCAUGGGUGGCUGGGCACUCUUGCUGUAACGCCCGAGUUGCAUAACAAGGGCGUAGGUCGCCAACUUCUGGUCCAUGCAGAGCAGUAUAUCGCACGCGAGUGGGGUGUCAGGCGGAUGGAAAUGAACGUGGUCAGCUCGAGAGUGGAGCUCAGAGCAUGGUAUAAGAAACUGGGCUACGCCGAGACUGGACACACGGAGCCGUUUCCGUACGGCUCGGGCGAGGCGGAGGGCGAUGGUGAACGAAGGCAGAAGAUACUGAGGGACGGCCUCUAUAUGAUUGACCUCGGAAAGGAUCUCGCUGCAGCAUAA